ACAAGAUAAAGGCCUGAAGUAGCUGUGUUAUCAUAAUGGAUCCUUCGAGGGUUGAGGAAGACCCUGAUGGUCCAGUACGAAUCACAGUAUCUCCACUAGACCGGCCUCCACUUCCAGACAUCGGCGCCCAAAGAGACAAACUAAGGCCGACAGGACAAACCCAAGAGCCAGUCGAGUCCCCAAAAAUAGAAGAUACGAAAAGGAAUGAGGAUGUAGAGGAUGCACCUGUAAGACGAAACCCUCUAUACAACACACCAUCCACCGUUUCUUUCAUUGGUUUCGGGUCUGACAACCAGCUAAAAAGGAAAACGCUGAGGAAAAGGGGAGGGGGAGGUACAGAAAAGGACCAAAAAACAACAGCCUUCUCGUCUACUUACUCCCUUGACAGCGACCUAGAUGAUGAUGACGCGGAUACGAUCAGUAAGGAUGAGAUAACCCUGAUGUUUGCAACUCAUGAGAAAAUUCCUAAGAAAGAUUUUCGCCAUGAGUACGAAGCUAGCAGAGACGUGGACAGUUUCUUCAGUAUGGUGGCCCUGGAGCUGGACAUCAUGGAGACGAGUCUACAUGGCAUAGUGGUGAAAAUGGUGGUGGGACUUCUGAAGGAGGAACCCGAAUGUAGCGCGGAGCACGCACUAUCCGCUCUCUUCACACACGACUCAGUGCACCAUUUUAACAGAACAGUGCAGGGGACCAGUCAGACGGAAUAUGGGAGUGUGGAUUACGACCAGAGUUGGAUAUGCGCCUUUGCCAGCAUGAAGAAUCUGAGGAAACGGCAGGUGUCUAUUGCCAGACUGAAUCACCCCCGGAACCUGGGAGAGACCAGCCAAGAGAUUAGAUUCAUAAUCAUCGUACUUGCACCCUGUGAGGAGAAAACGACCCGCAGUGCCCUGGAAACUGCUCGUACCUUCUCCACGCUGUUACAUGAGCCCGAGGUUCGCCAGGAGCUUCUGGACUGUCGUGACAAGGUGGAGUUCAUGAACCUGCUGAGACUGGUGGAGCUGAAGUAUAGCAAGGUUGAGGAGGCUGGAGCAUGUGCAGAGGAUAUCGGAAGUACUGAAUCCUUAGCUUCUUUCGAGAAACCGGAGGACAGACAAGGGUGCCCCAUCGGUAAAGGCGUGUGGAAUGACAUCAAACGCCGAGCACCGUUAUACUUUAGCGACUUCAAAGAUGGUCUCGUGGGACGCCACACUCUACAUAAGCUUAUCUCGGCCACAGUGUUCCUCUACUUUGCCUGUCUCCUUCCGUCUAUUGCGUUCGGUACCCUGAAUAGCCGCAACACACAUGGAAAGAUAGAUGUUCGGAAGGUGAUCUUGGCGCAGACGUUAGGAGGGCUGAUAUACGCCAUGUUCUCGGGCCAGCCACUCAUCAUUCUACAGACGACAGCACCACUAGCGCUGUACACAAAGAUUAUCUAUGAAAUGGCACACAGUUUGCACGUGGACUUCCUACCGAUGUUCGGCUGUGUGGGUCUGUGGAGUUCCGGUUUCGUCUUGCUGUACGCCUUGGUAGGCGCCAACCGCAUCAUGAAAUACACCACCAGAUGUGUCGAGGAGAUAUUUGCUCUUUUCAUCGCCACAACAAAGGUAGCCGCGGCAAUAGAAAGUCUUAUCCAUGACUUUCAGGAAAACAUCGGCCCCGAGUGUGGCCAGAACGUGACCACAUCAGAAGGUUAUGGUAACGGCGAUACGUCUGUCGGCUGUCAGCUGGACAAGGCUCUGCUGCACCUGUUGCUGCUCCUGGGCACGGUGGCAGUGGGCUUGAUGCUGUACAACAGUGUUCACAGCCCCUACCUUGACGCUAAAAAACGCGAGUUCCUUGCCGACUACUCUUUGCCAGUCUCCGUCAUUCUCAACUCCUUCAUAGGCGUGUACGUGUUUAGCAUGGUCGGCUUGCAGAGGUUUGAUGUUCAGACCGGUCCCCUGUUCGAACUAGUAGAGCUGGGAAGUUUGACCUCCACUGCUGUCGUCACCUCCAUGGGUCUGGGCUUCUGCCUGUCACUGCUGUUCUUCAUGGACCAGAACAUCACAGCGGCUAUUGUCAACAGUCCAGCACACAAGUUAAAGAAAAGUUCUGCGUACAACCUGGAUCUGCUGGUCAUCGGCAUCAUCAACGGUAUCCUGUCGGUGUUCGGGCUGCCCUGGCUGCACGGCACGCUGCCGCACUCCCCGCUACACGUGCGCGCACUGGCCGACGUGGAGGAUCGCGUGGACCAGGGCAGACUGUACUCAAUUAUUGUGCGGGUACGAGAGACCCGUCUAGCCGCCGUGUUAUCUCACAUCUUUAUCGGCCUCUCGCUGCUGCUGCUCCCAUCCCCACUCAACUACAUCACCGACCCUGUACUCAACGGACUCUUCAUCUUCUUCGCGCUCAUCUCAUUCAGCGGAAACCAGUUUUACGAGAGACUCGUGUUGAUUCUAACUGAACAGUCGGCGUACCCACCCAACCACUACAUCCGGCAUGUGCCGCUGGCGAAGAUCCACCUGUUCACGUUCUGCCAGGUGCUGCAGCUGGCGGUUCUGUGCGGCCUCGGGCUCUCCGCCAUGCCCUAUCUGGAGAUGAUCUUCCCCAUCGUCCUCUUGGCGCUUCUCCCUAUCAGACACCGGCUGAUGCCCUUGUUGAUAGACCCUAAGUACAUCCGGGCACUGGACGCUGCCCACACGGACAACCACUGAUCCAUAGUGUGCGGCUGACGUCACUGUGCCAUGCUGGUCUGUGAACAAACAACUAUGUCAUAAACAUUCAUAAAAUCCUCAUCAACCGUUCAGCUCUCUACCUAUGAUAGAGUUCUUUUGAGUUCAUCGUGAAAACAUAAAACAAAUCCUCAUGUAGCAGAGAGGCGAAAGUAGAUUUUAUCCACAUCCGUUUGUUCUCGUUACGGCGAAGAGCCUUCGCAAACAAUGUCAAUAUCGGAAAAGCUAUGCAGGUACUCAUAGGUUAGAAGCAUGUGUUCUGACUUUGUGAAAUAAAUUCCAGAGGUGCAGGUUUCAAAAGUU